GCGUCUGUCGGUGUCCGCGCGCCGGCAGGUGUUAUCUCUCCACUCUCACUUGCCCAUAUCAACCACCUUUCCUUCCUCCGUGAUAUUAACAGAUGCAGGCGCGCGCACAUAUCCUUGCCCCUAGUAACCGGAGCAGGUGGUGCGGGCUGAGAGCGUGUGCAGAGGAGCGUGCUUUAGUGUGAGAGGGCGCUCGCAUCGCGGGUUCGCUGACUGGGCGCCUCUCAAGGCGAUGGCAGAAGUCGGUAAAGUCGAAUGUCUGACUGCAACGGUACUCCAAGCAAGAAGCGUAAUGCAAUGCAACCCGAGCAUUGCACCUUUCGCUGGAGGUGACGUCACUGCAGUAGCUUCAAAGUCUCCAACCGGAAAAAAAGAAGCGGAAGACAAGGCUGCGAAGCGAAGAGCGCGUGAAGCCGCACGCAAGCGAGCGAAGCGAGCUGCCGAUAGCGAACUCCGUGCUCGGGAAGCCGCUGCGAAACGCCAACGCCGAGCCCAAAAUCCGGAAAUAUGUGCUCGAUACGCCGCUGCGAGACGUCAACGGCGAGCCGAGAACGCUGAACUUCGUGCUCGAGAGGCAGCGGAGAAACGUCGACGGCGAGCCACCAAUCCUCAUGUGAAGCGGCGUGAGAACGAGUGUAGGCGGCGACGACGACAGGCUGAUCUCGCUGCCGCCCGCGCUCUCGAUCGCGCCACGCAAGCGGCGGCGCGCGCUCGGCGGCGGGCCCGUUUGAAGCAGGACUUCGAGGACCACAACUUUGGUAACAACUGCACGGUCGAAAUCGGCGAAUCUCUGAACAGCAGCACAUGCCCAAAAUCGACGCAAGAACAGGCAGAGUCAUCGCGGCCAUCAAAACGUGGUGUGGACGUCGCUGUUGAGACACCAAGAAUCUCCGACGAAAAUUUGUGCAAGUCCUCGCAAGCAUCAAUUGUUCCCAUCAGGAUACACAGGUGGACUGAAACCAAACCCUUAGUACAUUUUCUGGUCCUGAAGCUUCAAAAAAAAGUGUGAUUAGGGACAGGAGCAACUGCUAGGCGCGUCCUUGUGUGCACGGGGGCAUUGGAGUGGCCCCGGCACUGCAAAUGUACGGCACGCAUUAGAAUUGCGAAACGGUCAAGGAAAUUCGGGGAAGUUUUAAUACAGUAGAAUUGAGAAUCGAAUGGGGGCCUUGAAGUUAGUCAUUCAAUGGCAAGAAGCACGUGCUUCUUCCGCUGCGAGUAUUGCUACCAUUUUAAAAACACGCUUUAUUUGUUCCCCCGAAGCAUCUCGUGAACAUUCCUUGACAAUCCAGAGCCUUUCAAGGACUCUGAUGAAUCUUAACGCGUCGCAGAAGCACAGUGGUCGCAACUCUUGACAGCACAUGUGCACUAUUUCAGGCUAUGUAUAUAUUCAGUGUCUCUAUACGAAUAUAUUUUCGCACCAGCCAACUCAACAUGCGACGCAAAAAAUUAUCGUUUCGUGCUCGUGAUGCAUUCAUUUUGAAAAUUAAUUUUUCAUGCUUGUACAGCGUGUACCAGA